AUUUUGGUUUCGUACAAAAAAAGAUAAGAAGGCUCAGGGAGGCACCCUUGACAUUCUAUUGAUACCCAAACUUUUAUUCUCUCCUACAAAGACUUGUCCUUCACCAUUCCCGUUAACUUACGAUAUUCAUACUUAAUUGGCUCUCCUUCGUACGACAUGGCAACCAACGGCGUGAACCGAGCCAUGAAUGGGGACACAUCUAUCAAGAUAUGUAUUGUAGGAGCAGGAAUGGGUGGCCUAGCUACUGCUCUCGCCCUUGCCAAAGCUGGACAUACAGACAUCGCCGUCUUCGAAAUGGCUUCCAACCUCGGGUUUGUUGGCGCUGGGAUCCAACUCGCGCCCAACAUGGCCCGAAUUCUCGACCGGCUAGGUGUCUGGAAGCAAAUUGCUGACGAAGCCGUCCAAUGCGCUGACACCAGCAUCGUAGAAGGCUCUACCAACAAGGAACUUGGCCACGUGAAUCUUGACUAUGUACAGAAGGCAUACGGGUACCCGCAUAUGGUCGGCCAUCGAGCGAGUUUAGCAGGGAGUAUGUAUCACGGAUGUAAGAAGGAUAAGGCCAUCACAUUUUUCUUCUCAAGUUCUAUAUCCGGAGUCACAUUUUCGCCAAAACCGAGCUUUACCGUGACACCGCGAGAAGGCAAACCUUAUCGCGUUGACUGUGACAUUCUUCUCGGCGCUGAUGGCGUGAAAAGCAACACUCGAGUUGCGAUGCUCAAGGAAUUGGGUGAAACAGCCGAUGUGCAGGAUACAGGCCAAGCCGCAUACCGCAUCAUGCUCACUCGGGACCAAAUGAAGCACGAUCCUGAACUCCUUGCCUUGAUCGAGGCGGACACGGUGACAAGGUGGAUAGGAGAAAAGCGCCAUAUUAUUGCCUAUCCCAUUUCCAACAAGACGAUUUACAACAUCUCAACCGCACAACCAGAUACGAACUUCGCAGAAGCUACGAAUGCAACUUAUACGACGAAAGGCUCUAAAACCCAGAUGAUGCAAGUCUAUGGAGAUUACUGCCCUAUGAUCCAUAGGAUGCUGGAUUUAGUUCCUGACGGCGAGGUGUGUGAGUGGAAGUUAAGGGUUCACGCACCGUUAAGCACUUGGGUCCAUGGGUCCAUGGCCUUGGUCGGUGAUGCGUGUCAUCCUACACUGCCGCAUCUUGCGCAAGGUGCCGCACAGGCUAUUGAAGAUGCUGCCGUGCUUGGAGUCGUGUUAGCACCGAACCGAAUUGCGGAUCGGAAACCUGAGACGAUAAACAAGGCGUUGAAGAUUUACGAAAAGGUCAGGAAAGAGAGGGCCGAGACGUUAGUAGAGCUGGCAGCGGAAAACGGACGUAACAUGCAUUUAGGUGAAGGCAAAGCAAAAGAAGAGCGAGACAAGGUUUUCGCCGCCUUGAAGAGUGGAAAGGGGCCAGUACCGGAUAAGUGGGCAGAUGCCGAUGUGCAACGGAUGAUCUACGGAUUUGACUGCAUGGCGGAGGCAGAGAAGGCGUGCAUGGAGGAGGGGUUCCUCGCGAAGUUGUAGGUGGAUUGAAGAC